AUGCCGCCACCAAACCAGAGACCAGCACCAGACCAGCCAUUUCCUUUGUCCACUGACAGAGAGGUGUCUGGUAUACCUCGUGCAGGAACUGAGGACAAUUGGGUCUAUCCAUCACAGCAAAUGUUCUGGAAUGCAAUGUUAAGAAAAGGUUGGCGAUGGAAAGAAGAUGAGAUAAGUCAGAAUGAUAUGGGACACAUCAUAAAGAUACACAACAGUAAUAAUGAACAAGCAUGGCAAGAAGUCCUCAUGUGGGAGGCUCUUCAUGCAAGGGAAUGUACAAAUCCUAAGCUGAAGAAAUUUGGUGGUAAAGCUAAAGAUUACUCCCCCAGAGCAAAGAUCAGGAGUUGGAUGGGGUAUGAACUUCCAUUUGACAGACAUGAUUGGAUUGUUGACAGAUGUGGGAAGGAAGUUAGAUAUAUAAUUGACUAUUAUGAUGGCGGAAAAGUGGAUAAAACUACAUAUCAGUUUACGCUGCUAGAUGUUCGGCCUGCUUAUGACUCUUUUUCAGCCUUUUGGGACAGAUCAAAGGUGGCAUGGAUGAGAUGGCGGUAUCAGUCUGAUAAUACCAGUGAAAAUGCAAACUCAAGUAAUUCAGCUGAUAAAUCUUGAAUAGAUCUGAAUGUAAAAGGGAAACUCCCAUUUUUCCAAAGGAUGAUUGUUUUGUUGCAGAAAACACUGUGAUAUGUAGUAGUUUGACUUGUUACCAUCAUCAGAGAAGAAUGGUACAACAUAAUUUUCUAAGGGCAUUUUUGUGAACAUGUGGACUUACAUUUUUCAUGGACUUUUAUGGUAAAACUUUGGACUUGUGACCCUGUUGUUCAUGGAUUUUUGUGAUUUAACCUUUUUGAACAUAGAGUUUUGUGACUCAACUAUAUACAUACAUGUGGUAUUGUUAGUGGAAUUUUGUGGCUCAACUAUGGACAUGUAGCCUUCUUGUCACGAAUGUUUGUGAUUGUAUUAUAUAGACAAACAAGAAUCUGGACAAGUGCUAUCUCGGAGAACAUUCAUGAAAAUACGAUUGGUAUAUCUGGAAGGAAAAAAAGAAAUAUUACAUUAUGUGAAGGCUAAUAAAUUAGAAACACACAA